AUGACUUGUGCUAGAAUGAAUGAAUUCAACAAGAAAUUUAACACUUCGUUUCAAAUUUAUAAUCCCAAAAACAGACAUUUUCACCCCAGAGACGUUCACGAUGAAUUAGAUUGGGUUUUGUACUUACACAACUCGCAUUUCUGUUUGAUUAGAAGAAGCCAAAAAAGUUUGGGAAUUCAAGAAAUAGAAGACAAUUACGAACAGGUGUGGAAAACGUGUAGAGACGACAACGCAGUAUCACAGGUUUCACCCCUCAAACUAAACGUGCUUUCGAGUAUGAGUGAUGAUGCGUUAUUCGCUUGGGAUUGCGAAAUGUAUUCAGAAAAAGACAUGCGAAGAGCAAUUCCUUAUGCCUGCACUUUAAUUAAUUUAGAAAAACUAAGGAAAAUGUUAAACAGAAUAAAUAAUCUAUUUCCAGAUUUAAAGCCUACAGAUCCCAUUCCAGAAGAAUUUUAUGAUAAACUAAUGAAUGUAGUAGAAAUAUUUAAAAAAUGGAAAAGACAGAAAGAAAUAAAGGGUAAUUAUGUACAACAUAUUAAUUUCACAUGUUCCUAUCAACACGAAUCCUCUAGUUUGGCUGCAUGGGGAAAUUCUUCCAAUCUUCCCGCGAAUUUGAGAAAGAUUGCCGACGUAGAUAUCGCUAAAUACACGCAAGACAACUGGGAGGAAUUGAGACACGAAUGGGAACCUUACGCCAAGAGAGACACUCUCUGUUUGGGAGCUUGUUUGAUAAAAUACAACCAAGUCACGAAAGAAGUUGUAAACCAGAAUAUGUCCAAUAAUCUAACGGCUCCAUCUUUAUCUUUAAAGGGUUGGUAUUAUUUAUAUUAUUACGAUAAAGAAAUGGUGGAAGAAGAAUGGUAUGAAACUACUAGAAUGGUUGCGAAACAUACCGAAAAAGAAAAUAUAGAAAAAGUUUAUUCGCACACAAAUCCUUUUAUAAGAAAAUUUAUCAGACGAUCUAUUAAAGGAGGAAGAGUUUCGGCAAAUAGAAAAUCAUUUGAAACGAACAAAAUGGAUGAAAUUUGUAACGUAUUAAAGGAAUAUACAGAACUUGAAAGUAAUAACAUAAUUGAUUUAUUCAAAGAAUACAGCGCAAGCACAAAAGACAAAACGGAGGUUCAUUCGAGACUUAAAAAAAUAGAAUGUACUAAACUAAUGGCAUUUGAUGCUAACGGUUUAUACGCUUCCGCCAUGUCGGAUUUAGACAGUGAAUAUCCGAGAGCGGAAAGUGGAAGACCGUUUCUACCAGAAGAAGAAAAAGAAUUUGUAAAACUCUUCAAUAAACAAAAAUUCAGACCUAGAACAGCUAUUUUAACAGUGUGGUUUGACUAUCCCAAAAACAUGUUCUUCCAACCGAUACCAGCUAAAGAUAAAAUCACUUUCACGAAUAAAGAAGCACCAAAAGUCAAAUACAACAUCGUUUUGACUUCUGAUGGUGUCUUAAAAGAAAAGAAAACGUUUAAAGGUUAUUCUAAUGAUAAGAUAAGUGUAGAAGAUUACGUUCAGUUAGCAAGCGGACAUGAUGUGUCGAACGAAUUUAAUAAACCAUGGGAAAAAAGUUUCACCAAUGGAGUAGUUAUUCCAAAUGAUAAACAAACUAAAGUUUUUAGAAGUUAUUUGAAUAAUGUUAAAAGAAAACCACCAAACAGUGAAGGAAUUAUGUCUCCUUACAACGACAAAGAUGAGUAUAGUUUUGACGAAAACUAUGAAUUUGAUGAUUUCGAUUAUCUUUCUAAUCAAGAAGAGAAUGAAGAUUGUUUUAAAUGA